GCGCUGGGCGGGGCUUGGUGAACUCUCGCCCCUAUCUCCGAGUUUCGGGUGCUGUCGCGAGACCUCCUCUGUCCGGAACUUCCGAUUCCGGUUAGCAGCCGUGGUCUCGUUUUACCGAUGCGGUCCAGUCUUCUGUGGUGUGCUGCCCGGUUGCUGUGGCCCCGCGGGGCCGUUGGCGCAGCCCGCCGGCCCCUGAGCGGCGGUAGCCGGCCGCUGGAGGAGCUGUUCGCCCAAGGCGGGCCCUUGCGGACCUUCCUCGGGCGCCAGGCGGGAUCUGAAGCUCAUUUGAAGGUCAGGAGGCCGGAGUUGGUGGCGGUAGUCAAACUGCUGAACGAGAAGGAGCAGGAGCUGCAGGAGACCGAGCACUUGCUGCACGAUGAAAAUGAAGAUUUAAGGAAACUUGCAGAGAAUGAAAUAACCUUGUGUCAAAAAGAAAUAACUCAAUUGAAACAUCAGAUUAUCUUACUUUUGGUUCCCUCAGAAGAAACAGAUGAAAAUGAUUUGAUCCUGGAAGUAACUGCAGGAGUUGGAGGUCAGGAGGCAAUGUUGUUUACUUCAGAGAUGUUUGAUAUGUAUCAGCGAUAUGCUGCAUUUAAAAGAUGGCAUUUUGAAACCCUGGAAUAUUUUCCAAGUGAAAUAGGUGGCCUUAGACAUGCAACUGCCAGCAUUGGGGGUUCAGAAGCCUAUAGGCACAUGAAAUUUGAAGGAGGUGUGCACAGAGUACAAAGGGUGCCAAAGACAGAAAAGCAAGGCCGCAUCCAUACUAGCACCAUGACUGUAGCAAUAUUACCCCAACCUACUGAGAUUAAUCUGGUGAUUAAUCCAAAAGAUUUGAGAAUUGACACUAAGCGAGCCAGUGGAGCUGGGGGGCAGCAUGUAAAUACCACAGACAGUGCUGUCCGGAUAGUUCAUCUUCCAACAGGUGUUGUUUCUGAAUGUCAACAAGAGAGAUCUCAACUGAAAAAUAAAGAGCUGGCUAUGAAAAAGUUACGUGCAAAACUGUACAGCAUGCAUCUAGAAGAAGAAACAAAUAAGAGAGACAAUGCUAGAAAAAUUCAGAUUGGAAGUAAAGGAAGAUCAGAGAAAAUAAGAACAUAUAAUUUUCCACAGAACCGGGUCACAGAUCACAGAAUAAGCAAGUCACUGCAUGAUCUUCAAACUUUUAUGCAAGGGGAUUAUCUACUGGAUGAACUUGUACAGUCAUUGAAGGAAUACGCUGAUUAUGAAUCUUUAGUAGAAAUUAUUUCCCAAAAAAGUUUAAGUUGAUUUAUUUAUAGACUUUUGUAACUUAAAAAAAUUCUACUACAGCACAUCCACAUAGUGUGAAAAUGCCAUUAUUCUCUUAAAAAAACAUGAGUUAACACAUUUGGAAGUAAUAUGCAUAUUCUGAAGUCACAGAUAAUUUACAUAGAUCUCUCUCAAUGCAUUUAAUACAAAUCAUACAAUAUGCAGAUGGUCCUUGAUUUACAUUGUGGUUCAUUCCCAAUAAACCCAUCAUAAGUUAAAAAUGCAUGUAACAUUAGCAACA